AAUACAGUUCUGCUGCUGUGGUAGUACUGCAACACAGCCAUCUCUUUUAUCGAAGCCUAGGCUGCCAGUCCAGCAGUGCAAGCCCCGAAAGUCUUGACUGUGUAACGGAAUUGCAGGCGAGUUCACUAGCCAGUAUCUGCUAAGGCGGAUCGUGUUCCGUACUCCGAUCGCAUCUUACAACCGCGCCUUGCAUCUUGCGACAUGGACGGUAGCGGAGGGGGUCCUUCUGCCGCGCCUGACGGUGGCAGUGCCUGGCCCAGCGGGUCUAAUCGACCCCGUGACGGCCCUUACGGCGGCGGCGGCGUUGGCGGGGUCGGAGAUAGUGGGGGGAUGGGACAGGGGGGAGCGGGAGGCGCGGGGAUGAUGGGCAUGGGGCCCAUGGGGGGGAUGGGGAGCAUGGGUGGACCGGGCGGAUCUGGCGGAAUGGGAGGUACGGGCGGGAUGGGGGGUCCUGGUUAUGGGUUCGACCAGAUGUACCAGCAAGGCUACGGCGGGCCCAGCGGUGGCGGCGGCGGGGGCGGUGAUUCAUCCCGGAAGUGGGGAAAAGGGGAGGGAUCCGCGGAAGGUGGCGCGCAGGCUGGAUCCGGUCCUGGCAUGGGAGGCAUGGCCGGGCCUGGAUGUAUGGGAGGUGCCGGGCCUGGUAUGGGCCCUGGAGGUAUGGGUGCUGGAGGGAUGGGCGCAGGCGUGGGUUUUGGCAUGGAUGGGGGCGCGCGGGGAGGGGGAGGCGGAGGGGGUUGGGGAAUGGGGCCCAUGGGGGGGAUGGCAGGCAUGGGGAACAUGGGCGGGAGUAUGGGCGCAGGCAUGGGGAUGGGGAUGGGCGGACCGGGCGGAAUGGGGAUGAACAUGGGGUAUGGUUCCGGUCCAGGGGGAAUGGAUGGGCCUGGAGUAUGGGGAAGCGCGGGAGGGGGGAGAGGGGGAAUGCCAGGCGGCAUGGGGGGAGGGGGAGGCGGAGGCGGAGGGGGGGGUGGGGGCGGGGGCGGAGCAGGUGGAGGGAGUGGCGCAGGAGCAGGUUCAGGGGGGAGUGGAGGGGGGGCAGGGAUGGGCGCAGCAGGGCCAGAAGCUGGUGGUAUACCACCGAGAGGGCCCCAUGGCGGGGCAGCAGCGAACCCUCCUGGGCGGGGGGGCAUGUUCUACCGCACCAAGAUGUGCGUCAAGUUCCGCAACGGCGUGUGCCCCUACGUCACCAACUGCAACUUCGCCCACACGCACGAGGAGCUCCGCCGCCCCCUGCCCAACUGGGGAGGCGACGACGCGGGGCGCAAGGGCGCGGGGGAUGGUAGAGGGGCAGCUCGGGGAGGCGAAGGCGGAGGAGGGGGAGCAGGGGGAGGCGGUGGGACUGGUGGGUCUGGCGGUGCGGACAGUUGUGUGGAUGGGAUGAGAAGGGAUGGCCGGCCACCAGAGCAGCAGCAGCAGCAGCCGCCAGCACAAGGGUCGGAGGCACCAGGGCCCGCCAGCAAGGCAACAUCCGGCACUGCUGGCGAUGGGGGCAGUGGCGGCGCUGGGAAGGGGGAUGCGCCAGGGGAAGGAGCAGGGGGGGGCAGUGGGGCUGCAGCGCCGGAUCCUGUGUCUGCAGCAGCUGCUGCUGAUGGUGUUGGUGGCAGCGCUGGCGGAGGCGGAGGAGGAGGAGGGGGGAACAUGGGCAUGGGUGGCAUGGGUAUGGGUAUGGGCGGGGCCGGGGGGGGCGGGAUGGGAAUGGGGGUGACGGGCAAGCCGCCCAACUGGCGGACGCGCAUGUGCCACCGGUGGGAGAUGACGGGCAGCUGCCCCUUUGGCGACAAGUGCCACUUCGCCCAUGGCGUCCACGAGUUGCAGCGGUACGGCGGCGGGCCCAUUGACCCAUCCAUGCUGCCGCCACCCUACGCAGAGCAGUUCCACCGCAUGGGUGCUGCCAUGGGGCCCAUGGGGGGAAUGGGGGGUCCCAUUGCGGGAGGUGUCCCCCCUGAUUUCCCCCCAUAUGGCCCCGGUGCUGGGCCGGGUGGUGGCCCUGGCUUCCCUGGUGCGGCUGGGUUGGGUGGGGCAGGGGGCGGGGCAGGAGCACCUCCUUUCCUCCGGCCUCCUCCCCUGGGGUUCAUUCCGGGAGGUGGGCCCAUGGGUAGAGGAGGGCCGAUGCCCGGACCAGGCGGAGUGGGUGCGUUUGCUGAUGCUCGUCUGGCUGGGGGGAUGGGAGGGGCGUCAGGAUCGGUUGCGGGUGGUGGGAGAGGGAGGGGGAGAAUGGAGGGUGUGGGCGGGAGAGGAGGGUUGAGUGGAGGGAGGAUGCAGAAAGAUGGUGUGAGUUUGGUGCAUGGGGAUUGGGUGGAGGAGGACGAGUGGGAAGGAAAGGAAGGGGAGGAGGAAGAGGGAAUGGAGGGGGAGGGUGAUGGUGGGAGCUUGCUGGACGACGGGUGUGACGAGCUGUUCGCGUGGGUGUGGCGGAAGGAAAUGGAGCAUAGCAUUGAGAAGGAGAGUGGUUUAGACAUCAACUUCGAUGACCUUUUGGAUGGUGAAGGGGCCUCAAGGUUUUUCUCACUGCCAAAAAGGAAAGCCGCUGUCUUGAGAAAAGGCAAGAGGAUGGUUCCUUAUUUGCAGAAGGCCAAGUGUACGUUUUAAAGAGUUCGAUACAAUGUCUGACUCUAUUGCAUCGUCGCAAUCUAUCUGCA